AUGUGCUGCUGUCGCCAGCACACCACCACCACUAAAGUUUGCAGUAGCAGAGUAUGUGCACAUCACUGCCAGAGAGCGGGAGGGGCCGCCUCUGGGCAGCAGGAUACUGUAGCACUGGCCACAACUGCUGCUGCUGGCACAUAUGCAGAGAUCAGUGUACUCAUCUGGAUGACUUCGAAGUAUGAUAUAAGUGAGGAUGAUGUCUUGAUACCACCACCACCACCACCACCACCACCACCACCUCAAUUCCAAGCCAGUCCAGGCCAAGCCAAGCCAGUCCAGGCCAAGCCAAGCCAAGCCAGUCCAGUCCAGGCCAAGCCAGUCCAGUCCAGGCCAAGCCAAGCCAGUCCAGUCCAGGCCAAGCCAAGCCAGUCCAGUCCAGGCCAAGCCAAGCCAGUCCAGUCCAGGCCAAGCCAAGCCAGUCCAGUCCAAGCCAAGCCAAGCCAGUCCAGGCCAAGCCAAGCCAGUCCAGGCCAAGCCAAGCCAGUCCAGGCCAAGCCAAGCCAGUCCAGGCCAAGCCAAGCCAGUCCAGGCCAAGCCAAGCCAGUCCAGGCCAAGCCAAGCCAGUCCAGGCCAAGCCAAGCCAGUCCAGGCCAAGCCAAGCCAGUCCAGGCCAAGCCAAGCCAGUCCAGGCCAAGCCAAGCCAGUCCAGGCCAAGCCAAGCCAGUCCAGGCCAAGCCAAGCCAGUCCAGGCCAAGCCAAGCCAGUCCAGGCCAAGCCAAGCCAGUCCAGGCCAAGCCAAGCCAGUCCAGGCCAAGCCAAGCCAGUCCAGGCCAAGCCAAGCCAGUCCAGGCCAAGCCAAGCCAGUCCAGGCCAAGCCAAGCCAGUCCAGGCCAAGCCAAGCCAGUCCAGGCCAAGCCAAGCCAGUCCAGGCCAAGCCAAGCCAGUCCAGGCCAAGCCAAGCCAGUCCAGGCCAAGCCAGUCCAGGCCAAGCCAGUCCAGGCCAAGCCAGUCCAGGCCAAGCCAGUCCAGGCCAAGCCAGUCCAGGCCAAGCCAGUCCAGGCCAAGCCAGUCCAGGCCAAGCCAGUCCAGGCCAAGCCAGUCCAGGCCAAGCCAGUCCAGGCCAAGCCAGUCCAGGCCAAGCCAGUCCAGGCCAAGCCAGUCCAGGCCAAGCCAGUCCAGGCCAAGCCAGUCCAGGCCAAGCCAGUCCAGGCCAAGCCAGUCCAGGCCAAGCCAGUCCAGGCCAAGCCAGUCCAGGCCAAGCCAGUCCAGGCCAAGCCAGUCCAGGCCAAGCCAGUCCAGGCCAAGCCAGUCCAGGCCAAGCCAGUCCAGGCCAAGCCAGUCCAGGCCAAGCCAGUCCAGGCCAGGCCAAGCCAGUCCAGGCCAGGCCAAGCCAGUCCAGGCCAGGCCAAGCCAGUCCAGGCCAGGCCAAGCCAGUCCAGGCCAGGCCAAGCCAGUCCAGGCCAGGCCAAGCCAGUCCAGGCCAGGCCAAGCCAGUCCAGGCCAGGCCAAGCCAGUCCAGGCCAGGCCAAGCCAGUCCAGUCCAGGCCAAGCCAGUCCAGUCCAGGCCAAGCCAGUCCAGUCCAGGCCAAGCCAGUCCAGGCCAAGCCAGUCCAGGCCAAGCCAGUCCAGGCCAAGCCAGUCCAGGCCAAGCCAGUCCAGGCCAAGCCAGUCCAGGCCAAGCCAGUCCAGGCCAAGCCAGUCCAGGCCAAGCCAGUCCAGGCCAAGCCAGUCCAGGCCAAGCCAGUCCAGGCCAAGCCAGUCCAGGCCAAGCCAGUCCAGGCCAAGCCAGUCCAGGCCAAGCCAGUCCAGGCCAAGCCAGUCCAGGCCAAGCCAGUCCAGGCCAAGCCAGUCCAGGCCAAGCCAGUCCAGGCCAAGCCAGUCCAGGCCAAGCCAGUCCAGGCCAAGCCAGUCCAGGCCAAGCCAGUCCAGGCCAAGCCAGUCCAGGCCAAGCCAGUCCAGGCCAAGCCAGUCCAGGCCAAGCCAGUCCAGGCCAAGCCAGUCCAGGCCAAGCCAGUCCAGGCCAAGCCAGUCCAGGCCAAGCCAGUCCAGGCCAAGCCAGUCCAGGCCAAGCCUGGAAAACAGCAGGAAACCUAA